AUGUUCCAACAAAGUCAACAAACCAUCAUUAACAAUGCAGCAGUAACGAGACCCCAGAAUCGUGUACAGUGGCAUCCUCCUCUGGCGAACUGUGUCAAACUGAAUUUCAAUGGCGUCGUUUUUCCGGAGUUGGGCAAGGCUGGUUUAGGUGUUGUGGCCCACGACUGUCAUGGGAAUGUAGUUGCUUCACUGUCAGAACAAGCUCCCUUACUGUUUGUACCAGUCAUAGUGGAAGCCAUGGUUGCCACAAGAGCGAUAACCUUCGCACAGGAACUUGGUCUUCAUGAGUUUAUGCUUGAAGGAGAUUCAGAAGAAGUAAUCAACACCCUCCGAAGCACCGAACCCUCACUGACAACUUAUGGUCAUCUCCUAGAAUCUACCAAAUCCACUCUUGUUACUAGUAAAUGUAUUGCUUUUACACAUAUCCGUAGAAUUGGUAUUAGAGUAGCACACAACCUAACUAAACAUGCGAGACAUGUUAGAGGUUUGUCGGUGUGGGUGAAGGAUAUUCCACCUCACCUCCAUGAUCUACUCUUUGCUAAUCCCGACUGA